AUGCCGAUCAAGAGAGACAUCAGCAACGUCGCACCCCGUGGCGACCACGGCGACGGGCCUCACGACUUGGGAGACGCCAUCGAAAAUAAUCCAACAAAUCAUGGGCAUGCAAAUGGCGACGAGUCAGCUAUCGAGACUGAGACUCUGGAUAUGCUGAUUGUGGGCGCCGGGUUCGCCGGUGUGUAUUUGCUUCAUCAACUGAGGAAGCGUGGCUUCAAUGCGAAAAUCGUUGAGGCCGGCUCCGACCUGGGCGGGAUCUGGUAUUGGAACCGAUACCCCGGGGCCCGAGUAGACAGCCAGUACCCGGUGUACGCGCUGUCCAUCCCCGAAGUGUACCGCGACUGGACCUGGUCGUCGCACUACCCGGACCACAGCGAGCUGCGCGCAUACUUCCAACAUGUGGAAGACCGGCUGCAGGUCAGGAAGGACUGCGUCUUCGACACCAAAGUCACUGAGGCCGAAUGGGACGACACUGCCUGUCGGUGGACCAUCCGCUGUGAUACCGGCCGCACCUUCCAGACCCGCUACUGGACGGCAUGCACGGGGUUUGCGGCGAAGCGAUAUUUCCCCGACUGGGAGGGCCUGGACGACUUCAAAGGCGUCAUCCACCAUUCCAGCUUCUGGCCCAAGGAGGGCGUCGACGUCAAGGGCAAGAGGGUGGCUGUGAUUGGAACCGGCGCGACGGGCGUACAGAUCACGCAGGAGUGGGCCCGCGAAAUCGGCGACCAAGGCCACCUCAAGAUGUUCCAACGCACUCCGAACCUCGCGUGCCGGAUGAACCAGGUCUUGCUGACCAAGGAGGAGCAAGACAAGCUGGUCGACGGGCUGGCCGAGACGUUCGCCGCGCGGAACAACUACUACAAUGGCUUUCUCUAUCAGUGGCGCGACAGCUUGACGUUCGACCACAGCAAGGAGGAAAGAGAACGGUUUUACCGUAUGUUGUGGAAGAUGGGUGGUUUCCGAUUCCUCAUGAACAACUACUACGACAUGACUCGCAACCCUGCGGCGAACCGGGAAGCCUACGAAUUCUGGCGAGACCGGGUAAGAGAGCGGGUGCACGAUCCGAGAAAACAGGAACUCCUGGCCCCGUGGGAACCGCCGCAUCUGUUUGGUGGGAAACGCCUAUCGCUCGAACAGGACUUUUACGACCAUUUCAACAAGCCCAACGUCGAUGUCGUCGACGUGCGGAACAAUCCCAUCAAGCGCUUCGUCUCCGAUGGCAUUAUCCAAGAGGACGGUACCUACCACAAACUCGACAUCAUCGCGCUGGCCACCGGCUUCGACUCCAUCACUGGCGGGCUGAAAGACAUGAAGAUCACGGGCGUCGAUGGACAAGUUCUGACUGACAAAUGGGCCAAAGGGACCUGGACGUACCUUGGCAUGUCGACAGCAGGCUUCCCCAAUUUUUUCUUUACGUACGGCCCACAGGCCCCCACCGCCUUUUCCAAUGGCCCAUCCUGCAUCGAGAUCCAAGGCGACUGGAUCACGGCCGUGCUGGUCGACCUGCGAGAACGGAAAGUGAGGAAGAUCGACGCCCAACGAGGAGCCGAAGAGGCGUGGAGAGAGUUGGUGUUUGAGCUGAUCAGUGACACCCCUCGCGGAAAGGUGGACUCGUGGUACAACGGCGCCAACAUCCCCGGCAAGCCGCGCGAGCAUCUCAACUAUGCGGGAGGCAUCCCUCGAUAUAAGAAGACACUGGAGGAUGUCCGGAAGGAUGAAUACCGGGGGUUUGUGCUGGCGUAA